AUGCCACCUAAAACAGGUCGGGGCCGCCCGUCCAAGGCCACCGCCACAACCAGCGCUCCAACCUCUCCACGCGCAAGCAGAGCUGGCCCAUCAUCCAUUCAACCCCAAGAAGAAGGGGAAACCACAUCAAGUCCCAUCACAAGCCCAAGAUCGCCGAAAACUGCCAGAAAAACAAAGCCCAAGUCUCCAACGGCGACAAAAACAGCGCCAAAGACAACAAAUCGAAUAACUAAGCGACCAGCCGGCAAGGGCCCGCGAGCAUCAAACAUACAACCCGGCGACCCAACGCCCACCGGUAAACGCCGCCGCUACAAACCCGGCACCGUCGCGCUCAAAGAAAUCCGCAAAUACCAACGCUCCUUCGACCUGCUGAUCAGCAAACUGCCCUUUGCUCGCUUAGUCCGCGAAGUCGCACUCGAUUUGUUGCCCGCCGAAGUAGGCGCCGAGCUCAGAUGGCAAUCGCACGCAAUCAUGGCGCUUCAAGAAGCCGCCGAGGCAUUUUUGGUGCAUCUGUUUGAGGAUACGAAUCUAUGCGCGAUUCAUGCGAAGAGGGUUACGAUUAUGCAGAAGGAUAUUCAGCUUGCGCGACGGAUCAGGGGAAUGUGGGGUGGUUUGGGUUAG